AUGUCGACUACAAGAUCGCGUUCAACAUCGGUCGGAAUGGAGGCGAUGGCCUUAACCGUAUUCACCCCUACUCUUCCUUCCAUUUCUUCCUCUCUUAUUCCUUCCAAUUCUUUGAUCCCUUCUUCCUCACUAGCCCCUCCACUUCUUCUCUUUCAUCCAGCUCUUCCUCUUUACCCAUCUUUUCUGUCUCAUCCAACCCUCCGCCACCCGUAUUCUCUUCUCUUUCUAAUACCCUCCCUCAUCCUUCUAUCCGGACUUCAUGGUCCACUACUCCUACACCUCUACCACCAGCAGAGCAACUAG